UCACUCGCUGCCAAAGACGUAUAUAUACGUCAAUUGGCCGCCAACCGCUCGCUGCCAAAGACGUAUAUAUACGUCAAUUACAUGUUUUCAUGGUAACCGCCGGCGAACAUCCUGGCGCAGCUUGUCUGUGGAGAUCAAGCUUAUACGUGAUGUAAUUGUGAAGUUAAUCCAGUAUGAGGCGGUAGUGUGCUCUGAAGGAUCGUCAGUGAGAGAAGAAGAGGAGGGCCAGGAGGGUGAGUAGAGGCAAGAUGGCGAAAAUGAAUGGCAAAGGAAAGCUAAUGCAGCUCACGCUUCAGCAAGCUCUUUCCCGGAGUACGGAGCGAGAGAGUGUCGGGAUCGCCGGUGGUUUGGGUGGGGAUCGCGGAGAGGAGGUGUCCCGAGAAAUGGACGAAGUUCAACCCGGGCCAAGCCGCGUGCGGCGCACACAAAUGGUGGCCAGCUCAGAGGAUGAAUCCGAUGGUUGUAGCGAACCUGACCCGGAUUCUUCAGACGAGUGGUUACCGUCUGGAUCAGGGAGGAGCAGCAGAGACUCGUCCCCAGACGCUCCGGUCACACACAAAAGAGGUAGUGCAACCAGCACAGCUGCCAGUGCCAAUGAUGGCAGUGAAAAGAAGAGAGGUCGUGUAUCGAGCAGCAGUCAUGGAGCAGAUUCUGGGUGGCAUACAGGUGACUGGACACCAAACGUGUUCCCCUUCACUGCGACCCCUGGACCCCGAAGAGCUGCUGCGGAGCUGGAUUCCGACAAACCAGCAGACUUCCUGGAGCUCUUCCUGACUGACGAACUACUUCAACAUAUUGUUGACCAGACCAACCUUUACGCCACACAGUACCUCAGUGCACACCCAGAAAGUCUGCCACACAGCAGAGGUUCCUCUUGGAAACCGGUGUCAGUCCCAGAACUGAAAAGUUUCUUCGGCCUCACUUUUCUCACUGGCUUUGUCAAAAAGCCACGCCUUGACAUGUACUGGAGUGUUGAUGAGGUGGACUCUACACCUCAUUUCAGUCACACCAUGCCACGGAACAGGUUCCAGCUCAUAUGGCGUUUCCUUCAUUUCAAUGACAAUGCUUCACAGGAUGCAGCUGACAGACUGUACAAAGUCCGUCCAGUGUUAGACUAUGUUCUUGACAAGUUCAAGGAGCUGUAUCAGCCAGGGCAAAACAUUUGCAUUGAUGAGGGUAUGAUGCAGUGGAGGGGCCGCCUGUCUUUCAGGGUUUACAACCCACAAAAGCCUGUGAAAUAUGGGAUAAAGUCAUACAUUCUGUGUGACUCUGCGACAGGGUACUGCUUCAAUAUGCAGCCUUAUGUUGGGAGACCGAACACUCUGCAGGAUACCAUUUUCUCCCUCCUUGAUCGCCUCCCAGGCCAUGGCUAUAUGCUCUACAUGGAUAAUUUUUAUAAUUCUGUCGCGCUCUGUGAGCGUUUACUGGGAGCACAAACCAACGUCUGUGGGACACUGAGGAAGAAUAGGGGGGAACCAAAGACCAUCACAGACCUGGCAAAGACUGAUCUGGGGGUGGGGGAAAAAGUUGUGCUGCACAAUAAGAAGGUGAUGGUGGUAGCGUGGCAGGACAAGCGGCUUGUGAAAAUGGUGACAACCUGCCACAGAGAUAGCAUGAAGAGGGUUGAGGUGUGGCAGAAGGGACACAAAGAAAAGGUUCCCCUGUUCAAACCAGAGUGUGUUGUGGCGUACAACUUGUCCAUGAAUGGGGUGGACAAAUUGGACCAGAACAUCACGUACUACCCCUUCAUACGAAGGUCACUGAACUGGUCCAAAAAGUUUGUAGCUUAUAUUUUGCAGCUGUGCAUGUUUAACGCAUACAUAAUCUACAAACACAGAAACCAAGGAGAAUGCAAAAGCCUUCUCACUUUUAUUCGCAGGGUCGUGCAGUCCUGGACCACAAAACGUGUGGGCGAAAAAGAGAAGGGCGAUGAGAGGGAGGUGGGAGAGCAAGUAGAGGAAGCAGGUGUGGGGGCCGAGGGUGAUGGUAGGUCUACUCCGAGGGCGCCUUAUAAGACUGACCCAGAGAGCAGACUGGAUGGAAAGAUGGCCAACCAUCACCUGGAACCCCUGAUGCCCACCAGCAAUAAGGCGAGACCAGCACGAAGGUGUAGGGUCUGUGUACGUAGGGGCCUGCGCAGUGAGACCAGACUCUUUUGUAAGUCCUGUGGUGUCCCCUUGCAUGCCGGCGAGUGUUUCACUGCUUUCCAUACACAAAGACAUUAUGCUGAUGGGUGAACACAUGCACAAACACACACACGUGCACAUAUGCACAACAGCUGCAACACACCAAAAAAGUUAUUUUGUAAAUAGUUGUAAUAGUAGGGAUAGUAGUAGGGAAAUUGUAAAUAGUUAUAUACAGUGUCAUUUGUUUUAGUUGAUAUAAUUGUAAAUAAAUGAUUAUUUUUUUUGCCAUCAAAAGCCUUUUUUCCAGUGUUUUUGUUGUUUUUAUAGCAGCAAACAAUGUUCACAUGUUUGAGGUGUCACUAAAGUAAAAAAUAUUCACAUCAAAGUCACUGUUCUGGUCGACAUGCGUCAUUUCACAAAAAGCUGUUUUUCUCACCUUUUUAGUUGGAAACUGGUGUUUUUGGUGAAACCACCCUAUGUUCUCCUGCCAAUUACUCAAGAAUGGAAGAAGGUAGAGACAAACUUUUUUUUUUUGAUGAAAGAUAAGACUCUAAUCUUUCUGAUGGUGGUU